CUCUUUGGUCCCUUCAUGUUCACUCUUUGAGAGAAAUUGAGAGAAUCAACUUCAGAAAUAAAGAAUUGUGUGAAUUUCAGACGACUGCUGGAAGCUAUAACGAGGAUGGCAGAAGAUUUUGAUGUAGAGGCUAUGCUAGAAGCACCAUAUAAUAAAUCGGAUAACACUUCCUCUUCAAGGCAUCGAUCUGACAAGUAUUCUGAUAAGCACAAAGACAAAGACCGCGAUGGCAGUAGAAGACGAAGCCGAUCAAGAGAGAGAAGGAGAUCACGCGAAAAAGAUUCUCAACGUCCAAAGGACAGAGAUGAUAAAAGAGAAAGAGAUCGUGACCGAGGAGACAAGGACCGUGAUCGCGACAGGGACCGCGAGCGAGACAAGGAUCGUAGAGACAGGGACAAGGAUCGCAGCCACAAAGACCGCGAUAAGGACAAGGAGCGGGAGCGCGACAGAGAUAGAAAACAACGUGACAAAGGUAGCAAAGACAGAGAUCGUAGCCGUGAAAGAGAGCGGAGCCGAGAUAAGCACACUCAUAAAAGAGAAAAAAGUAAAGAAAAAGAAAAAGACAAAGAAUAUCGCUCAAAGUCGAGAGGUGUUGAAGGUAAAUUAGAGGAACUGCCCCCUGAAGAGCGGGAUUUGCGUACUGUAUUUUGUAUGCAGUUAUCACAACGCAUUAGAGCUAAAGACUUGGAAGAAUUCUUUUCCUCUGUCGGUAAAGUUAGGGAUGUUAGACUUAUCACAUGCAACAAAACUAGAAGAUUCAAAGGAAUAGCUUACAUCGAAUUCAAGGAUGCGGAGUCUGUACCAUUGGCAUUAGGUUUGACAGGGCAGAAGUUGUUAGGAGUUCCUAUUAUUGUUCAACAUACACAAGCUGAAAAAAAUAGAGUUGGUAAUACUUUACCUAAUCUGGCUCCAAAAACUAGUAAUGGGCCGACGAGACUCUAUGUUGGUUCUUUACACUUCAAUAUUACUGAAGAUAUGUUAAGAGGUAUCUUUGAACCUUUUGGGAAAAUAGAUCACAUACAACUUAUGACAGAUCCGGAAACAGGCAAAAGUAAAGGAUAUGGUUUCCUUACAUUUCAUCAUGCUGCUGAUGCAAAAAAAGCUAUGGAACAACUGAAUGGCUUUGAGUUAGCUGGGAGACCAAUGAAAGUUGGCAACGUUACCGAACGAACAGAUGGUAGUUCUAGUACACGCUUUGAUGCAGAUGAACUAGAUAGAGCUGGAGUAGAUCUGGGUGCCACUGGCAGGUUACAGCUUAUGUUCAAAUUAGCUGAGGGAACUGGACUUCAGAUUCCACCAGCUGCAGCGUCAGUGUUGAUGGGAGCAGGAUCGGCGUUGGUGAACCCACAACCUCAAGUAGCACCGCCUAUAGCGACACAGUGUUUUAUGCUCAACAAUAUGUUUGAUCCUGCCAAUGAGAGCAAUCCGAAUUGGGACAUAGAAAUAAGGGAUGACGUGAUUAGCGAAUGCAAUAAACACGGUGGUGUUUUGCACGUGUACGUCGACAAAGCUUCACCGCAAGGAAACGUUUACUGCAAAUGUCCAACAAUAGCGACCGCCGUAGCUUCAGUCAACACUUUACACGGACGAUGGUUCGCCGGGCGGGUGAUCACGGCGGCCUACGUUCCACUUGUCAAUUAUCAUUCCUUGUUCCCGGAUGCAAUGACUGCACUCACACUACUCUUACCGUCUAAAGUACGGUAGAUUUUAUGUGACAAGAACUGAAGUGGCGCAAUUUUUUGGCAUUUAAACAGAACAGAGAACACAUUU